CCUAAUUGUUCAGAAAAUCAACUUCAAUAGACAAGCAAUGUCAUAUUCCCGAACUCUCAAGUACAUUUUCGGGUUAAGAUCCGACCCAUUUUCUUCUUCUGCGAAUUCGCUCUACAUCUCCAUCUCUCGAUGUCCUCCGAUUCCGUCUCAGCACCGAUCAAUCACCUCCACAGCGACGCGGCAUGGAUGGAUGGAUUCGAUCAAAGGUGUCUUUACAGGAAACAAGGACACUCCUGUGGAACAAUCGAAUCUCCCCGUUGAAGAAUUCACUCUUCUCCGAUUCGCUGAUGAACUGAAGAAUGCUAAGAGGUUAGGGAAGUUCAAGCAGUACAUCGUAGGUCGAAGCAGCGAGGCCACUUUUGCAGAUGCAUUCGAGAAGCAAGAAGCUAUUAUGAGGUAUCUUGGAGCUCGUGAUGCUACAGGGGAGAAUCUGCAAGCAAGUCACAAGCAAGAUGCGGCUAAGAAUUGCAACUGCACCAUUGCGGAUGUGGAGAAUACUCUGUCUAAGUUUACUUGGGCAAGACAAGCUCAUAAGAAGAUGACAGAGUUGAAAGAUGGAGGCAAGCCAUUACCAAAGAAUAUGGGAGAGCUGCAAAAAAUGAUGGGGUCAACCCCUAUGGACAUGGCGAGAUCAAACUUGGCCAAAAGUGGGCAGAUCAGCCGCAAUGCACUUUGUCCCUGUGGUUCCAAAAAGAGAUAUAAAAGAUGUUGCGCGAAGGAUUGAAGAAGCAGAAGUUGAACGAACGUAAACAUCCAGAGAUGGAGUUCGAUCGAUCAGCUGUUGGAGUUUGUUUGUUAGACUAAGCCAGCUACAGAAUCUAUGAGCUUUGUUUUAGCUCUUUCUUGGCUUCAUUUGUUUUUCUUAUGGUGUUUUUGAACUUCAUGAGUUGAGAGAAUAAAAGUACGAUUUUUUUGCAGAUUUGAGCGCUUUGCUAGAUUGUUAGAUUCUCCGCUGCACAUAAACAAAGAGAGAUAAGAAAUACAAC